AUGGCACCAAACCGAUUACAAUCAUCAAGACUUAUAGCCUUAGCUCAACAGCUCCGUCUCUACAAACCUCCUCCGACGUUAGAUGAUACUGAUGAUGAAGAGCAAAGAACUGAAGAGAGCGUAGGGAAGGUUGUUCCUCAACUGGGUUUUGCAUAUUCUGCAACCCCAGUGUUCAAUCAGCCAAAAAAGUUCACACCCAAUAGAGCUGCUGUUCUGAUCUGUCUCUUUGAAGGGGAUGAUGGUGAACUUCGUGUCAUUCUCACUAAGAGGGCUUCGAAGCUCUCUACUCACUCAGGUGAAGUUGCAUUGCCUGGUGGGAAAGCAGAGGAGGCAGAUGCAGAUGAUGCUGAGACAGCAACUAGAGAAGCAAGUGAAGAGAUAGGCUUGGAUCCUUCAUUUGUAAAUAUUGUAAUUACAUUUGAGCCAUUCUUGUCCUUGCACCUCGUUAGAGUAAUUCCUGUUGUUGGCAUACUUUCUGACAGGAAAGCCUUCAAACCUGCUCCUAAUGCUAGUGAAGUGGAAGCAGUAUUUGAUGCUCCAUUGGAAAUGUUUCUCAAGGAUGAAAAUCGGAGAUCAGUAGAGACGAAGUGGAGGAGAGGCAUGUGGCUGGUUCAUUUCUUUGACUAUAAGACAAAUGAUAAGAAGUAUGUGAUAUUUGGUUUAACUCGGAUUUUGAUUCGGGUAGCAUCUGUUGUUUACAAAAGACCACCGGCUUUCUUGGAGCAGAAUCCAAAAUUUAAGGUGCCUUGGAUUGUGGACAUAAUAAUGCUUAGAUUUAUUUUAAUUUAGUUUUGUUUUUAACCAUAUUAUUGUCCUCUCUGAGCUGGACGUGUUGAACUGGUAAUUUUAUUGCUGAUCUGUUGCACUUUUUACUGAACAUCUGCUGCUCAUUUAGACUAAACCCAGGCUUUGAAAAGAACUGAACUCCGAGAUGUUGGAGGCAAUCGGCAACAAGUCUGAAGUAACAUUUUCGUAGAGUUUAUUGACAAAAAACUCGCUCCAAGUCUUUCUUCUAAACUUCCCCCAGGGCAUCCUUCCGUGCACAGAAUGCUUAUUCCACUGCAUCGACAUCUUGGGAUAAUUUCUCAGUUUUGGAGUUAGUUUGAGUUUGCAAGUGUGAUAGUUUAGAUCUGUUCAGCAAAAAAGAAGAGCUACAAAGCUUCAGCUUCAAUGAAAAUUAUAAUAGCCAAAGCUCUGCUGACUUAAAUAUGACAGUGGCCUUCCUAUAAGUCAGAUUGUUUGUAAAUGUGUUUUCUGUGGAACUUCAAUGUUGAUAUCUGGAAACAUUGAAAUAUUGUAUACAAUCUUCAUUCACUUGGGC